UUGGUUGGGCCUGCAAGUUCAGAGACUCUUUGCAACAUCACUCACUACUAUUUAUUUAUACUCCCCACACACACAAACUCUCACUCCAUUCUACCCUUCACAAAAUUGAAAUUCCACACCACAGCGAUUCCCAAUCGCAAACCCUUUCUUCUCGAUUUCGUUUCGCUACGAAUGUGUAUGCACCCACCCCCUUCUCUCUCAUCUCUCAGAAACUCAUAAUCGAGAAAUUGAGGUGAGAUGCAAGCCGUGAGAUCAAGCUGGCCUUCCAGGCUGCGCCAACUUCUGUCAAGCGAGGGCGCUAUGGGUCCUUCCAUCAAACCGGACUCGGAACCUCCUGCUAAGAUCAAAGCCUUCAUUGACAAGGUCAUCCAGUGUCCAUUACAAGAUAUAGCUAUACCCCUCUCUGGCUUUUUGUGGGAGUACAAUAAGGGGAAUUUUCAUCACUGGAGGCCAUUGUUUCUUCAUUUUGAUACAUAUUUCAAGACAUAUUUGUCGUGUCGAAAUGAUCUCACAUUGUCUGACAAUCUAGAAGAUGAAUUGCCAUUACCAAAACAUGUAAUUCUGCAAAUACUACGGGUGAUGCAAAUAAUUUUAGAGAACUGUCCAAACAAGAGUGCAUUUGAUGGCUUAGAGCAUUUCAAGCUUUUACUAGCAUCGACGGAUCCUGAGAUUGUUAUUGCUGCACUAGAAACUCUUUCCGCACUUGUUAAAAUAAACCCAUCUAAACUUCAUGGAAGUGCGAAGAUGGUUGGCUGUGGUUCAGUGAAUGGCUAUCUCCUGUCCCUAGCACAGGGGUGGGGAAGCAAGGAGGAGGGCCUUGGAUUGUACUCUUGUAUUAUGGCAAAUGAGAAAGCCCAAGAAGAACCACUUUGUUUGUUUCCUUCUGAUGUAGAGAAUGGUAGCGACCAAUCCAAUUGCCGCAUCGGUUCUACCCUUUAUUUUGAAGUGCAUGGACCGAGUGCCCCAACCAAGGAACAAAGUGUAGAUAGUACAGUUACCCCAAACUUGAGAGUAAUACACAUGCCAGAUAUGCAUUUGCACAAAGAAGAUGAUUUGUCAUUGUUGAAGCAAUGCCUUAAGCAGUACAGUGUUCCUCCUGAGCUCCGAUUUUCAUUGCUUACAAGAAUACGAUAUGCUCAUUCCUUCCGGUCUAUGAGAAUAAGCAGGCUUUAUAGCAGGAUUUGCAUUCUUGCUUUCAUUGUGUUGGUCCAAUCCAGUGAUGCUCAUGAUGAGCUUGUGUCCUUUUUUGCUAAUGAACCAGAAUAUAUGAAUGAAUUGAUUAGAGUUGUCCGAUCUGAAGAAACCAUAUGUGGAUCUGUCAGAACACUUGCAAUGCUUGCAUUAGGAGCUCAGUUAGCAGCAUAUACAUCAUCUCAUGAACGGGCACGGAUACUUAGUGGAUCUAGUAUGAAUUUUACUGCAGGGAACCGCAUGAUACUCCUGAAUGUGCUUCAGAGGGCUAUUUUGUCAUUGAAGAGUUCUAAUGAUCCAUCUUCUCUUGCUUUUGUUGAGGCACUUCUUCAGUUCUAUCUGCUGCAUGUGGUGUCAACCUCUUCUUCUGGAAGUAAUAUUAGAGGUUCCGGCAUGGUACCCACAUUCUUGCCUCUGCUGGAGGAUUCUGAUCUUGCACAUAUUCAUCUUGUUUGUUUUGCAGUGAAAACCCUUCAGAAACUUAUGGAUUAUAGUAGCUCAGCUGUAUCUUUGUUUAAAGAGUUGGGAGGUAUUGAGCUUUUGGCUCAAAGAUUGCAGACUGAGGUUCACAGGGUUGUUGGUUUUGCUGGUGAAAAUGAUAAUGUAAUGGCCAGUGGUGAAAGCCUAAGACAUAAUAGUGAUCAGCUUUACUGUCAGAAGAGGCUCAUAAAAGUAUCCCUUAAGGCACUUGGUUCUGCAACAUAUACCCCUGCUAACUCUACCAGAUCUCAACACUAUCAUGACAGUUCAUUACCUGCAACUCUGAUCUUGAUUUUUCAGAAUGUAAAUAAGUUUGGAGGCGAUAUUUAUUACUCAGCUGUUACUGUUAUGAGUGAAAUAAUCCACAAAGAUCCUACAUGCUUUUCUGCUUUACAUGAAAUGGGUCUUCCGGAUUCUUUUUUAUCUUCAGUUAAAUCUGGAAUACUUCCUUCAUCAAAGGCUUUGACAUGCAUUCCAAAUGGCCUUGGGGCAAUUUGUCUUAAUGCUAAAGGCUUAGAGGCUGUCAGAGAAACUUCGUCCCUGCAGUUCCUUGUUGACAUCUUCACAAGUAAAAAGUAUGUCUUAGCCAUGAAUGAGGCAAUUGUUCCUUUGGCAAAUUCUGUAGAGGAGCUUCUACGGCAUGUAUCUUCAUUAAGAAGUACUGGUGUUGACAUUAUCAUUGAAAUCAUCCAUAAGAUUGCAUCCUUUGGAGAUGGAACUAGUACAGGAUCUUCAGGAAAAGCUAUUGAGGGUUGUGCAAUGGAAACAGAUUCCGAAGACAAAGGAAGUGGAAGCCAUAGCUGCCUUGUAGGCACAGCAGAUUCUGCUGCUGAAGGGAUAAGUGACGAGCAAUUUGUUCAGCUAUGCAUUUUUCAUUUGAUGGUAUUGGUUCAUCGGGUUAUGGAAAAUUCUGAAACAUGUCGGCUAUUUGUGGAAAAAUCAGGAAUUGAGGAUUUACUGAAGCUGUUAUUACAACCCACUAUUGCACAAUCCUCAGAUGGCAUGUCUAUUGCUUUACAUAGCACCAUGGUGUUUAAAGGUUUUGCUCAACAUCACUCCACUCCUCUGGCACGUGCAUUUUGUUCUGCUCUUAGAGAGCAGUUGAAGAUAGCAUUAACUGGGUUCCGUGUAGCUCCAGGACUUUUGUUGCUGGAUCCUAGGAUGACGACAGAUAGCAACAACAUCUUUUCUUCACUCUUCCUGGUUGAGUUCCUUCUCUUUCUUGCUGCAUCAAAAGACAACCAUUGGACUGCUUUACUUACAGAAUUUGGAAAUGGCAGUAAGGAUGUUCUAGAAGAUGUUGGACGUGUCCACCAAGAAAUUUUAUGGCAAAUUUCUCUACUGGAAGAUACAAAGCUUGAGAUUGAGGAUGAUGGUGCUUGUUCUUCUACUGAUUCUCAACUGGGGGAAGUGGAUGCAAAUGAAACUGAUGAUCAAAGGCUCAAUUCAUUCAGGCAAUUUCUUGAUCCGUUACUAAGAAGGAGGACUUCAGGAUGGGGUAUAGAAUCACAGUUCUUUGACCUUAUUAACCUGUAUCGAGAUUUGGGCAGAGUUACUGGUUCUCAACACCGAUCCAAUUCUGUUGGUUCUGCAAACAGGCGGUUAGGUUCCAAUAAUCAGUUGCAUCAUUCUGGGUCAGUAGAUGUUUCUGGGGUUACUAAUAAGAAGAAACAUGACAAGCAGAGGACAUAUUAUGCCUCUUGUUGUGACAUGGUCAGAUCACUUUCAUUUCAUAUUACCCAUUUGUUCCAAGAGUUAGGAAAAGUAAUGUUGCAACCUUCUCGCCGACGUGAUGACAUUGUGAAUCCUAGUCCUGCUUCAAAAUCAGUGGCGUCUACUUUUGCAAGCAUUGCUCUAGAUCACGUGAGUUUUGGCGGUCAGAUAACUGAAGCAUCCAUAUCAACAAAAUGUCGCUAUUUUGGCAAAGUCAUUGAUUUUGUUGAUAGUAUUCUAAUGGAGAGACCAGAUUAUUGCAAUCCCAUUCUACUAAAUUGCUUGUAUGGUCGUGGAGUCAUUCAAUCUAUAUUGACCACAUUUGAAGCCACUAGUCAGUUGCUGUUUGCAGUUAAUCGGACCGCUGCAUCACCCAUGGAAACUGAUGAUGGGAAUGCAAAGCAUGAUGACAAGGAAGAUACAGAUCAUUCAUGGAUUUAUAGCUCUUUAGCUAGCUAUGGCAAAUUUAUGGACCAUCUAGUGACCUCCUCUUUUGUAUUAUCUUCUUCAACAAAACACUUACUUGCACAGCCCCUUACAAGUGGUGAUACCCCUUUCCCACGAGAUGCAGAGAUGUUUGUGAAGGUCCUCCAAUCUAUGGUGUUGAAGGCCGUCCUUCCACUUUGGACCAAUCCUAAGUUUGUUGACUGUAGCCAUGAAUUUAUUUCAACUGUUAUCUCUAUCAUUAGGCAUGUUUUUUCAGGGGUUGAAGUAAAAAAUGUUAAUGGCAGCGGCAGUGCUCGUAUUACUGGGCCUCCUCCUAAUGAAACCACAAUUUCAACCAUUGUAGAAAUGGGGUUUUCCAGGUCUAGAGCAGAAGAAGCUUUGAGGCAAGUUGGGUCAAAUAGUGUGGAGUUGGCGAUGGAGUGGUUGUUUUCCCAUCCUGAGGAAAUGCAAGAAGAUGAUGAACUUGCUCGUGCACUCGCCAUGUCCCUUGGGAACUCUGAAUCAGACACUAAGGAUGCUGCUGCAAAUGACAGUGCUCAACAGCUUGAGGAAGUCAUGGUCCAACUUCCUGCUGUUGAUGAGUUGUUAUCAACUUGCAUAAAACUUCUACAAAAGGAACCUCUUGCUUUCCCUGUCCACGACUUGCUUGUCAUGAUAUGCUCUCAGGAUGAUGGGAAAUAUAGAUCUAAUGUUGUUACUUUUAUUGUUGACCGGAUCAAGGAAUGUGGACUGGUUUCUAGUGAUGUAAAUAAUUCCAUGCUGGCUGCCCUGUUUCAUGUUCUUGCUUUGAUUCUUAAUGAGGAUGCUGUUGCACGGGGUGCUGCUUCAAAAAGUGGUUUGGUCAAAGUUGCCUCAGAUAUUCUAUACCAGUGGGAUUCUAAUCUUGAUAAUAGGGAGAAACACCAGGUGCCAAAAUGGGUCACUGCUGCUUUUCUUGCAUUGGACAGACUGUUGCAAGUAGAUCAAAAAUUGAAUUCUGAAAUUGUAGAGCAGUUGAAGAAGGAAGCUGUGAACAGUCAGCAGACAUCAAUUGCCAUUGAUGAAGAUAAGCAACACAAAUUGCACUCUGCAUUGGGACUGUCUUCCAAGUUUGCAGAUACACAUGAGCAGAAAAGGCUUGUUGAGAUUGCUUGUAGUUGUAUGAAGAACCAACUUCCCUUAGACACAACACACGCUGUUUUGCUACUAUGUUCCAAUCUUACAAGAAAUCACUCUGUUGCUCUUACCUUUUAUGAUGCUGGUGGUUUAAGUUUACUUCUUUCUCUGCCAACAAGUAGCCUCUUCCCUGGGUUUGACAAUGUUGCUGCUUGUAUUGUCCGUCAUAUUCUUGAAGAUCCUCAAACUCUCCAGCAAGCAAUGGAAUCUGAGAUAAAGCACAGUCUUGUAGUUGCAUCCAACCGGCAUCCAAAUGGAAGAGUCAAUCCCCGUAAUUUCAUGUCAAAUUUAGCCUCUGUAAUUUCCCGGGAUCCAAUAGUAUUUAUGCAAGCUGCUCAAUCUGUUUGCCAAGUUGAAAUGGUGGGUGAAAGACCUUACAUUGUCUUGCUGAAAGACCGGGAUAAAGACAAAUCUAAGGAGAAAGAAAAGGAGAAGGAUAAAUCAUUGGAUAAAGACAAAGCACAGAAUAAUGAUGAGAAGGUUGGUUUGGGAAAUACAAACCUAGCUGCUUCAGGGAAUGCUCAUGGAAAAAAUCAUGAUUCAAAUUUGAAGAAUGUCAAAAGUCACAAAAAACCAAUACAAAGUUUUAUUAAUGUGGUAGAACUUCUUCUUGAAUCUAUAUGUACUUUUGUUGUCCCCCCUUUGAAGGAUGAUACUGCCCCAAGUGUCCUCCCUUGCUCCCCAACAUCAAGUGACAUGGACAUUGAUGUCUCUACAGUAAGGGGGAAAGGAAAAGCAGUUGCCACUGUGUCUGGGGGCAGUGAAACCGGCAGCCAGGAAGCUUCUGCAUCACUUGCCAAGAUAGUAUUUAUUUUGAAACUUCUGAUGGAGAUAUUGUUGAUGUAUUCGUCAUCUGUUCAUGUUCUGCUUCGACGGGAUGCCGAAAUGAGCAGCAGUAAGUCUCAUGCUGGUGUGGGAGGAAUAUUCUACCAUAUUCUUCGUAAUUUUCUUCCUUUAUCUCGAAAUUCCAAAAAGGACAAGAAAGCGGAUGGUGAUUGGAGGCAGAAACUAGCAACAAGGGCUAACCAGUUUAUGGUGGCUGCUUGUGUUCGGUCCACAGAGGCUAGGAAGAGGGUAUUUAGUGAGAUUAGUCAUAUCAUAAAUGAAUUUGUUGAUUCAUGCACUGCUGCCAAGCCCCCAGGAAAUGAAAUUCAGGUUUAUGUAGAUCUACUUAAUGAUGUUUUGGCUGCUCGCACACCUGCUGGUUCAAGCAUCUCUGCAGAGGCCUCUGCCACGUUCAUGGAUGCUGGUCUGAUUAAAUCGUUCACUCGGACUCUCCAAGUUUUGGACUUGGACCAUGCUGACUCAUCUAAAGUUGCUACUGGUGUUAUCAAGGCUCUUGAGUUGGUAACCAAGGAACAUGUUCAUUCAGUUAAUUUGAGUGCAGGGAAGGGUAAUAAUCCAGAAAAACCUUCUGAUCCUAGUCAACCUGAAAGAAUAGAUAAUACUGGUCACAUAUCUCAGUCCAUGGAAAUGACAUCUGAAGGAAAUCAUGAUACUAUUCAAGCUGAUCAUGUUGGGUCUUACAACGUGACUCAUGGUGGGUCUGAAGCUGUAACUGAUGAUAUGGAACAUGAUCAAGAUCUUGAUGAGGGCUUUGCUCCUGCUAAUGAGGAUGAGUACAUGCAUGAAACUGCUGAGGAUGCUAGAGAUCAUGAGAAUGGAAUUGAAAGUCUGGGGCUACGAUUUGAAACCCAAUCCCAGGGCCAAGAAAAUCUUGAUGAUGAUGAUGAUGAGGAGGGUGACAUGUCUGGUGAUGAGGGUGAAGAUGUAGAUGAAGAUGAUGAGGAACAUAAUGAUUUAGACGAUGAAGCGCAUCACAUGCCACAUCCUGACACAGAUCAUGAUGAUCAUGAGAUUGAUGAUGAUGAUGAUUUUGAUGAAGUGAUGGAGGAAGAGGAUGAUGAGGACGAAGAUGAUGAAGAUGGGGUUAUACUUAGGCUUGAGGAGGGCAUUAAUGGUAUAAAUGUGUUUGACCAUAUUGAGGUCUUUGGAAGAGAUAAUAAUUUUCCAAAUGAAGCUCUUCAUGUGAUGCCAGUUGAAGUUUUUGGAUCUAGACGUCCAGGGCGGACCACAUCUAUUUACAACCUUUUGGGGAGAACGGGUGAUAACGCUACACCUUCACACCAUCCACUUUUAGUUGGGCCUUCUUCCUCAUUCCACCCAUCUACUGGGCAAUCAGAUGGUAUAACUGAAAACUCAAUUGGUUUGGAAAAUAUCUUUCGAUCACUGAGGAGUGGACGUCAGGGACACCGUUUGAACUUGUGGAGUGAUAAUAACCAGCCAAGCGGCAGGUCAAACACUGAUACUGUACCACAGGGCCUUGAGGAGUUACUUAUCUCUCAAUUGAGGCCACCUUCCCCUGAAAAAUCAUCUGAUAAUAAUGUCGCAGAAGCAGGUCCUCAAAGUCAAGUUGAGGUCAGCGAGGUGCACGAUUUAGGAGGAUCAAGUCUACAAACCCCUGUUGAAAAUAAUGCAAUUCAGGAAGGCGAUACAGUGACUCCUGCAUCAGUUGAUGGGGAUAUUAACAAUGCUGAUAUCAGACCGUCGGUAAAUAUAUCUCUGCAAGCUGACGUAUCAAGCACUCACUCACAGGCAGUUGAGAUGCAGUUUGAGCAUCAUGAAGCAGCUGUGCGGGAUGUUGAAGCUGUGAGCCAGGAGAGUGGUGGUAGUGGGGCAACUUUUGGUGAAAGUCUUCGUAGCCUAGAUGUUGAGAUUGGAAGUGCUGAUGGCCAUGAUGAUGGUGGAGAUAGGCAUGUUCCUGCUGAUAGGAUUGUAGGUGAUUCACAGGCUAUACGCACAAGAAGAGCAAGUGCGCCCUUUGGUCAUUCUUCUCCUGUAGGCGGGAGAGAUGCAUCCCUCCACAGUGUUACUGAAGUUUCUGAAAAUUCAAGCCGAGAAGCAGAUCAAGAUGGUCCAGCAGCUGAGCAGCAGGUGAACAGUGAUGCCGCAUCAGGAGCAAUUGAUCCUGCCUUUCUGGAUGCUCUUCCUGAGGAGCUGCGUGCUGAAGUCCUCUCUGCUCAGCAGGGUCAAGUGGCUCAACCAUCAAAUGCUGGGUCUCAAAACACUGAUAUUGAUCCAGAAUUCCUUGCAGCUCUUCCCCCAGAUAUUCGAGCAGAAGUUCUUGCUCAACAGCAAGCACAGAGGUUACAUCAAUCUCAGGAGUUGGAAGGGCAACCUGUUGAAAUGGAUACAGUGUCAAUAAUUGCAACGUUUCCUUCAGAAUUACGAGAAGAGGUUCUUUUAACAUCAUCUGAUGCUGUCCUUGCCAACCUUACUCCCGCUCUUGUUGCUGAGGCAAAUAUGCUGCGUGAGAGGUUUGCACAUCGACAUAGUCAUACCCUCUUUGGAAUGUAUCCUGGAAGCCGGAGAGGUGAGACUUCUAGACGUGGUGCAGAUAUUGGUUCUAGCCUAGGUGCUGCAGGGAGAAGCAUUAUGGCACGCAGGUCUGGUGGAGCUAAGGUUGUUGAAGCUGAUGGGGCCCCUCUAGUUGAUUCCGAAGCUUUGCAUGCUAUGAUUCGGUUAUUUCGCAUAGUUCAGCCUCUAUAUAAAGGUCAAUUGCAGAGGCUUCUUCUGAAUCUUUGUGCCCAUAGUGAAACCAGAACAUCUCUGGUGAAGAUUUUGAUGGACUUGCUAAUCCUUGACGUAAGAAAGCCUGCCAGUUAUUUUAGUGCUGUUGAGCCUCCUUACAGACUAUAUGGUUGUCAGAGCAAUGUAAUGUACUCUCGUCCUCAAUCAUUUGAUGGAGUUCCCCCAUUGCUCUCUCGGCGAGUACUUGAAACUCUCACGUAUCUUGCUCGUAAUCAUCCAUAUGUGGCAAAAUUUCUACUUCAGUUUAAGCUGCAUCUUCCUGCAUUUAUAAAACCAGAUAAUGCUGAUAUUGGACGUGGCAAAGCUGUGAUGGUUGUUGAAGAUGAAGCAAACAUAGGUGAAGAUAAUAGAGGAUACAUAUCCGUUGCAAUGCUUUUGAGUCUCUUGAAACAACCCCUUUAUUUGAGGAGCAUAGCCCAUCUUGAGCAGUUGCUAAAUUUAUUGGAUGUUAUCAUCGAUAGUGCCAGAAGCAAGUUUAGCUCAUCUAAAAAAUCCCAUAUUUCUACUGAGCCUGUAUCGGCUCCACAAAUCUCUGCGAUGGAGGCUGAUGCAAAUACAGAUUCUGUUAUUUCUUCUGGUUUGGAUGCAUGUCCUGUUGUGGAUGAUUCCUCCAAAUCCACAUCCUCUGGUAGCAAGGAAUGUGAUACUCUGCAAGUAUUGAGUAAUCUGCCACAAGCGGAACUUCAGCUCCUGUGCUCAUUGCUAGCACUAGAAGGUUUGUCGGAUAGUGCAUAUGUUCUUGUUGCGGAGGUCAUGAAGAAACUGGUGGCCAUUGCUCCAGUCCACUGUCGGCUUUUUGUCUCUCAUCUGGCAGAAGCAGUUCGAAACUUGACUUCAUCUGCAAGGGCUGAGUUACACACUUUCAGCGAACCAAUGAAAGCUCUUCUUAGUACUCCAUCUUCUGAUGGUGCUGCAAUUUUGAGAGUUUUGCAAGCCUUGAGUUCCCUUGUCACCUCGUUGGCUGGGAAAGAAAAUGAUGGAGUGACACCUACUCUUUCGGAGGUUUGGGAAAUCAAUUCAGCUUUGGAGCCCUUGUGGCUGGAGCUGAGCUGUUGCAUAAGCAAGAUAGAGUCCUAUUCUGAGUCAGCAUCUGAUUUCUUUACGUCUUCUAGAACAUCUGUGCCUAAACCAUCCAGUGCCACGCCUCCACUUCCACCUGGUUCUCAAAAUAUCUUACCAUACAUUGAAUCUUUCUUUGUAGUUUGUGAGAAGCUGCAUCCUGCACCGUCUGGUGCUAAUCACGACACUGGUAUUCCUGUUAUUUCUGAGGUUGAAGAUUCCUCUACAUCUAGUACUCAACAGAAAACAUCUGGACCUGCUGCCAAAGUAGAUGAGAAACAUGCUGCUUUUGUCAAGUUUUCAGAAAAGCACAGGAAGCUACUAAAUGCUUUUAUCAGGCAAAAUCCAGGAUUGCUUGAGAAAUCUUUUUCCCUCAUGCUGAAGAUUCCCAGGUUUAUUGAUUUUGAUAACAAGCGCUCCCACUUCCGAUCAAAAAUUAAACAUCAGCAUGACCAUCACCACAGCCCGCUAAGAAUAUCAGUAAGAAGGGCAUAUGUUUUAGAAGAUUCUUAUAACCAGCUUCGCAUGAGAUCAACUCAAGAUUUGAAGGGAAGGUUGGCUGUUCACUUCCAAGGGGAAGAAGGUAUUGAUGCAGGUGGGCUUACAAGGGAAUGGUAUCAACUGUUGUCUAGGGUUAUUUUUGAUAAGGGAGCACUGCUUUUUACCACAGUGGGAAAUGAUUCAACAUUUCAGCCAAACCCUAACUCUGUAUACCAAACAGAACAUCUAUCUUAUUUUAAAUUUGUUGGUAGAGUGGUUGGUAAAGCAUUAUUUGAUGGUCAACUCUUGGAUGUCCAUUUUACUCGGUCAUUCUACAAGCACAUUCUAGGGGCCAAGGUUACAUACCAUGAUAUUGAAGCCAUAGAUCCUGACUAUUUCAAAAAUUUGAAAUGGAUGCUCGAGAAUGAUAUUAGUGAUGUUCUGGAUCUUACGUUCAGCAUUGAUGCAGAUGAGGAAAAGUUGAUCUUAUAUGAACGAACAGAAGUGACUGAUUACGAGUUGAUUCCUGGUGGACGAAAUACUAAAGUUACUGAGGAGAAUAAGCAUAAAUAUGUUGAUUUGGUUGUUGAGCAUCGGUUGACCACCGCUAUUCGACCUCAAAUAAAUGCUUUCUUGGAAGGGUUCAAUGAAUUAAUUUCCAGGGAGUUGAUAUCUAUUUUCAACGACAAAGAGCUGGAACUAUUAAUCAGUGGACUUCCUGAUAUUGAUUUGGAUGACUUGAGAGCAAAUACAGAGUAUUCUGGAUAUAGUACUGGAUCACCCGUUAUCCAAUGGUUUUGGGAGGUUGUUCAAGGUUUCAGCAAAGAAGACAAGGCUAGGCUGUUGCAGUUUGUGACCGGCACAUCCAAGGUGCCCCUCGAGGGCUUUAGUGCGCUUCAAGGAAUUUCAGGCUCCCAGAAGUUUCAGAUACACAAGGCAUAUGGAAGUAUUGAUCACUUGCCUUCUGCUCACACGUGUUUUAAUCAAUUAGAUUUGCCUGAGUAUCCAUCUAAGCAACAUUUGGAAGAGAGGUUACUGCUUGCGAUUCAUGAAGCAAAUGAGGGAUUUGGAUUUGGUUAACAUUUUUGUGUUUUUUUUUUGGGGUGGGGGUAGGGGAUACAAAAUACUGUAUUACUUUUUAGGUUAGCAGCUAUUUUAUUAUAACAUGUGAAUAUGCUGUACAGAUCCUAUAUUUGCAAGGGGGAAAUGCCUUUGGCAGUUUUUCAGUUA